GGGUUUCGUUAACUUAGAGCUUCCAUGCCCUAAGAGCUCGGCGGUGGUACAUUCGGCCGAUCCUGAGCCGCGCUGGACGCUUGAUGAUCUCCUCACGGAGCUGAACUCGUUAGAGCGGCAGCUUGGUCCUCCUGUGCCUCUAAAACUAGCAGACUGGGAUUAUUCUGAAAGAAAGGAGACAGGUGGGACUGGUAAUAAGCCCUUUGUUGUGUGCGUUUCUGAUGAUGAUAUAGCAGAAAGUGAAAGCGGUGAUGAAGUGAAUUUUGAUUCGAGUUUGGUGACAGGAACACGAUUUUCUUGCAAUGAUAUUUAUUUGAG